UUCCGUGGAGACCUUUAGGUAGUGGCGGUGUUCCGGAUGUGUUACUCGUCGGACUUUGUGAUUGGUCAUUAUCCAGUUACAGACAUGAGUUCAAUACUCCAGUACAAUAGAUGGCGCUAAGGCGCCGUUACGCGGAUCAAACUGCCAAAACACGUUCAGCUGUAAGUUGCUGCGGGACCUUUAACUUUCAGGACAGCGUAUGGGAUUCGCGGAGGGAGGGCACAUCUCUCACGGACAUAAGGAGGCUGUCUUUUCUGGCGCCUUCCUGUAGUGAAACGUCUUUCCGGAAAGGUGCCGUCAUGUGGGAUCAGGAGAUUAAGGGCAUGGCAUCUGCCCAUGUCAUCCUCGCCGGUACCAUCCUUAUGGCGACAGUGAUGCCCACCAUCCUCCUGCAGAAUUUCUCGGUGUACCAGACCCACCUGGUGUGGCUGUACUCCGUGGCUGGCUUGGUCGCUGCGGUCAACAUCGCCCUCUUCUGGCUGCUCGGAGUCGGUCCAGCAGCCAAGAGGAACUCACUUGGUCACAAGGUGUCCAGGCUGAUCCGCUGCUGCCUCUAUUUCUGCCUGUCCUGCCUCUUCUUCCACGUUGUGGUUCUGCUCUAUGGUGCCCCCUUGCUGCAGUCCGUACUGGAGACCUUCUCCCUGGCCGUGCUGCUGUCCACGUUCACCACCCUGCGAUGCCUCUGCCUCUUGGGCCCCAACAUUCAGGCCUGGAUCCGGGUCUUCAGCCGCGAUGGGGCCAUGUCGGUGUGGGACACCUCCCUGCAGAUCACCACAGCCUGCAGCAUCAUGGGGGCCUGGCUGGGGGCCUUUCCCAUCCCCCUGGACUGGGACCGGCCCUGGCAGGUUUGGCCCAUCCCCUGCACGCUGGGGGCCACCCUCGGCUUCCUGUCUGGCCUCGUUAUCGCCCCUGCAUGGAUCCACUGGCAUCGCCAGCAUCUCACUUACAAGACCAAAUAGAGUGAGGUGGAGGGCGGGACUCUGGAGGUGGAUCAGACAUGCAAUUGGAGGAACACCACAGGAAGUGACUGGGCGGGGCUUCAAGCAAAGGCCAUGGCCUGCGGCCUGUGUGUGUCACUGCGUGUUACUGUGUGUCACUGCGUGUCAGUGCAUCUUACUGCACGCCCCUCAAAGCUUUUUGAUAUUGGGGAUAUGGUAUUGGGCCACGCACAUGUUUUUGGAAAAAAUGUGAGAGAGUCUUACUCAGUUGUACAGUUUUGUUCCACAGUUUAUCUGAUUCUGCUGGGCAGCUAGUGAUAUGUUCUCUAAUUACCUGGCUCAGGUGUGCAGACCAUGGAAUGUAGUAGAAAUAUGCUGAACUAGAAUAAAGUCUUUGGUGUGUUUUUGGUCCUUUGCGGUACCAGUAAUAUGUGGAGAGUCUGCUGUGGUCCAUUUAUGUACGGCAUUGUAUGCAGAGUAAUAUAAUGCACUGUACCGGAAAUAAAUUCCACCGGCCUUGGUCGUGUGGCAAAUAAA